UGACGCUAAGUACACUGAAGUACACUGGGAAAAUCACGAAGGUUGUCGUGUGCGCAAGUGAUAGUCAUUGAUGUAUUGCGAAGUAUACACCUGAUAUUCCAACUGAUUUCAAUAUAAAGUUUUAAAACAUGGCAUCACGAUUUAGUGGUGCUCUGCAAUUGACGGAUUUAGACGAUUUCAUAACUCCGUCACUGGAGUGUAUAAAACCAAUUGAAAUACCAAAGUCGAAGGCUAAGACAGGGGCUAAAAUAAAAAUACAGGAAGACGGAGCGUAUGUAGAAUUAAAUGAGUGUGGUACUUCGGAAAAACUUCAAAAAGUCGAGAUCACUUUAGCCGACUGCUUAGCUUGCAGCGGCUGUAUAACAUCGGCCGAAAGCGUUCUUGUUACUCAGCAGAGCCAAGAGGAACUUCUGAGGGUCUUACAGGAAAAUCAGAACUUUCGAGAGAAUGGAAAACAAGAAGAGGCGAGAUUCAUCGUAGUGAGUUUAUCAGUACAGCCAGUUUUGUCGCUAGCCGAGCGUUAUGGUUUGGAUCCAGAAAGCGCUGCCCGGAAAUUAGCUGGUCAUUUUCGUCAAUUGGGAGCAGAUAUGAUAUUGGAUAUGACUGCAGCAGAUGAUUUUUCUCUGCUGGAAUCAGCGAGAGAAUUUAUUGAAAGAUAUAAGUCUUCUCAGGAUAAUGUCAAAGGUCAAAUACCGAUGCUGGCUUCGUCUUGUCCAGGCUGGGUUUGUUACGCGGAAAAGACUCACGGAAAUUUCAUACUGCCCUAUAUAAGUGUGACAAAAUCGCCACAACAAGUAAUGGGUUCUUUGGUCAAAUACCAUUUGGCCAAGUACAAAGGGCUACCUCCUGAGCGAGUAUAUCACAUCAGCGUGAUGCCCUGUUAUGAUAAAAAAUUGGAAGCCUCUCGAGAAGAUUUUUACAAUGAACUUAAGCAGACCAGAGACGUCGACUGCGUGAUUACGUCAAUUGAAUUGGAAAACAUGUUGAUUAGUCAGGGAGUGUCAUUGAACGAUGUUGAAAGUGGUGAAAUAGACCGACCUUUUGGUGCAUACAACAAAGAACAAUCUGACAAAAUAGUUUGGGGACAUCAAGGCUCGGGAUCAGGUGGCUAUGCUCAUUUCAUAUUCCAGUACGCCGCUUAUCAUCUUUUCCAAGAAGCCAAUACUACUGUUGAAUUUAAAAAUCUAAGAAAUCCAGAUUUCAAGGAGGCAGUUUUGGAAAAAGAUGGAAAGAUUUUACUCAGGUUCGCUAUUGCUAAUGGCUUCAAAAACAUUCAAAACCUCGUUCAGAAACUUAAAAGAGGGAAGUCUCCGUAUCACUAUGUUGAAGUUAUGGCCUGUCCUUCAGGCUGCCUCAACGGUGGAGCCCAAAUACGACCUCAGGAUGGUUCACAGCCACGUGAAUUGGCCGCUAAACUUGAAACAGUUUAUCACAGUCUUCCUUUAAGUAAACCAGAAGAAAAUUGUGUUACAUUAAGUUUGUACACUACGUGGCUUGAAGGCGAGCACUCCGACAAAUCCGCUGCUUUCCUCCAUACGCAGUAUCAUGAAAUAGAGAAGAUGAAUACGGCACUUGCAAUUAAGUGGUGAAAUGUUCCACAAGAAUGGCACAACUAAUAACUAAGUAGGUAAUUCUCCAAAUUGGUAUAAGGUAAAGAACAAAAUUGGAUGAUUUGUAUUAGCAAUUACAAUAUAUUAAUAUUUAUAAACAUCUUUAUCAUUUGAAAUAUAUUUACAAAUUAAAAUCAUAUGAAAUAAAUAUGUGGUACAAUACUGAAGUAAAUCGACACAUAUUUCAUGCCAGGACAACAAGUUUUGAGUUCGAGUGUUAUUAAGUGUUACUCACAAAAUCUAUCUAAGAAUUAAAAUUGUACUGUUUGUGUGUAUUAUGCGAAAUUACAAAUAUUUUUCGGUUUCUCAUCUAUUCUACAUAGUGUUAUUAUCACGUUACUAACAUUAACUUCCAGUUAUAUACAGGUAUGUUGCA